CACAUUUUCUUUCAUCUUCAAUCUUCAUCAAUUGCAUGUGCCAUCAACACACAUUCAUGGCAAACAGAACCACCCUUUUGCUCUUUCUCUUUGUUCUCUGCCAUGGAGUGGCCUUAACAAUGGCCCUCCUUGAAGAUGAAGAGUCAUCAAACAAUUUGUUCAUGAUGCACAACUCCAAGAUAGUGGUGGAGACUGAGUUUGGUGAAAUGAGAGUACUGAAAAGCCAUAGGGAUGUGAUUUUGGAUAGGCGCAUGCACAUUGGUUUCAUCACUAUGGAACCCAAGACCUUGUUCGUUCCUCAGUACCUUGAUUCUAAUCUCAUCAUAUUUAUCCGUAGAGGGGAAGCAAAGUUGGGAUUCAUAUAUGAUGAUGAACUAGCAGAAAAGAAGUUGAAGACAGGGGAUGUAUAUGUGAUUCCAGCGGGUUCAGCAUUUUAUUUGGUGAAUAUUGGGGAAGGUCAGAGACUUAACAUCAUUUGCAGCAUUGACCCCUCUACACACUUGGGACUAGAUACCUUCCAGUCCUUCUAUAUUGGAGGAGGAGCCAAAUCACACUCGGUGCUUUCUGGAUUCGAAUCUGUGAUCCUUGAAACUGCAUUUAACGAAUCAAGAACAGAGAUAGAGCAAAUCUUCUCCGCAAAACUAGAUGGGCCAUUUGUGUACGUGGGUGAUUCUCAUGCACCUAGCUUGUGGACUAAAUUUCUUCAACUGAAGAACGAAGACAAAGUGCAACACAUGAAGAAAAUGGUGCAAGACCAAGAAGAAGAAGAAGAUGAUGUUGAUGGUGGUGAUGAAGAGAAGAAAACAACUAAGCUAUGGAGGAAGCUCUUGGAAACUGUAUUUGGGAAGGUGAAUGAGAAGGCAAGGAACAAAGACACUAAUGGUCCCCCUGACUCUCACAACCUCUAUGACAAAAAACCUGAUUUCAGUAACGCUUAUGGUUGGAGCAAGACACUGCAUGGAGACGACUAUCAUCAACUCAGAAAACCUGACGUUGGAAUUUUUCAUGUCAACCUCACUGCGGGAUCCAUGUUGUCACCUCAUGUAAAUCCAAGAGCAGCUGAGUAUUGCAUAGUGCUGAGAGGUUAUGGUAAAUUUCAAUUAGUGUUUCCAAACGGAAGCAAUGCAAUGAACAUUCAAAUCAAAGCAGGGGACGUGUUUGUGGUGCCAAGAUACUUCCCCUUCUGUCAAAUAGCAUCAAGGGAUGGACCCUUAGAGUUCUUUGGCUUCUCCACCUCAUCCAGGAAGAACAAUCCACAGUUUCUGGCUGGUUCUAUGUCCCUUCUUAGGACCUUGAUGGGGCCGGAGCUUGCGGCGGCUUUCGGUGUCAGCGAGGGCACACUGCGGCGAGCCCUUGAUGCUCAGCAUGAGGCUGUGAUACUUCCAUCAACAUGGGCUGCACCACCAGAAAAUGCAGGGAAGAUGAAGAAGGUGCACAUGAGUCCAAAGGGAAUCAGAACUUAGAAGUUUUUUCAAUAAUGUGGUUAUGAAUGUUUUUUAGUAGAAUUUCAUUUGAUUUGGAACAUGCUUAUUUGGUAGUGCUAGUGUGUAGUGAAAUUCUGUUUUGAGUUUUUAAGUUCUUUUUAUUUGGUUGAGAUGUUGUGUUCUUGAAUUUUCUUGAGUUAAUAAGAUCUGCUUUCUUUCUGCA